AUGAGUUCCCUCCGUUUCCUUGACUUGGUCAAGCCGUUUGUGCCGUUCCUCCCCGAGGUUCAGCAGCCUGAGACCAGGAUCAACUUCCAGCAGAAGCUGAUGUGGACAGCCUUGACGCUCCUCAUCUUCCUGGUCAUGAGCCAGAUGCCCCUGUACGGCAUCGUGUCGUCGGACAACUCGGAUCCUCUAUACUGGCUUCGAAUGGUGAUUGCGAGCAACAGGGGUACGCUGAUGGAGCUGGGCAUUACGCCCAUCAUCUCGUCGGGCAUGGUCUUCCAGCUCUUGGCUGGCACGCACAUGAUUGACGUCAACCUCGACCUCAAGUCGGACCGCGAGCUGUACCAGACGGCCCAGAAGCUAUUUGCAUUCAUCCUGUCGGCCGGAACCGCCACCGUCUACGUCUUCACCGGUCUCUACGGUCCCCCUUCUGACCUGGGCGCCGGCAUCGUCUUCCUCCUAAUCCUGCAGCUUGUCGUGGCCGGCAUGAUUGUCAUCCUGCUCGACGAGCUCCUCCAGAAGGGCUACGGACUGGGCAGCGGUAUUUCCCUGUUCAUCGCCACCAACAUCUGCGAGUCGAUUGUCUGGAAGGCCUUUUCACCCACCACCAUCAACACCGGCCGCGGUCCCGAGUUUGAGGGUGCCGUCAUCGCCCUCUUCCACCUCCUCUUCACGUGGCCUAACAAGCAGCGCGCUCUCCAGGAGGCCUUCUACAGGCAGAACCUGCCCAACAUCACGAACCUGCUCGCCACCGUGCUCGUCUUCGCCGCCGUCAUCUACCUGCAGGGCUUCCGCGUCGAGAUCCCGGUCAAGUCGUCGCGUCAGCGUGGCGCCCGCGGCUCGUACCCGGUCCGCCUCUUCUACACGUCCAACAUGCCCAUCAUGCUGCAGUCGGCCCUGUCGUCCAACGUCUUCCUCAUCUCGCAGAUGAUGUACUCGCGCUUCUCGGAAAACCUCCUCGUCCGCCUCAUCGGUGUCUGGGAGGCCAAGGAGGGCUCGUCGCAGCUCCACGCCAUCUCGGGUCUCGUCUACUACAUGUCACCCCCGCUCAACUUCAAGGAGGCCCUCCUGGACCCCAUCCACACGGCCGCCUACAUUGUCUACAUGCUGGGUGCCUGCGCCCUCUUCUCCAAGACCUGGAUCGAGGUCUCUGGCUCCUCCCCCCGCGACGUGGCCAAGCAGCUCAAGGACCAGGGUCUCGUCAUGGCCGGCCACCGCGAGCAGAGCAUGUACAAGGAGCUCAAGCGCGUCAUCCCCACUGCCGCCGCCUUUGGCGGUGCCUGCAUCGGUGCUCUCUCUGUCGCCAGUGACUUGAUGGGUGCUCUCGGCUCUGGAACCGGUACUCUCCUUGCUGUCACCAUCAUCUACGGCUACUUUGAGAUUGCCGCCAAAGAGGGUGACAUGGGCGGUAUGAAGGGUAUGAUUAUGGGCUAA